AAUCCCUCCUCUCCGUUAAGAGGAUCCAUCCAUGGCUUUAACCAGCCGAUGCCGGCUCCGAGGUCGCAGAGCGAUGGAAACCGAGUGCGGGAACAUAAUGUCGUCCCGCUCGGACAGUGGGAGCGGGGAGGACUCGUUGGACCGGCUCCUGCCGCCCGCCGGGGCCCCUCGCAGGAAGAGCGCUACCUCGCUGAGUAAAACGGAGCCUCCCCUGCUCCGUACAGGCACGCGCACCAUCUACACCGCUGGCCGACCUCCCUGGUAUGACGAGCACGGGGCUCAGUCAAAAGAGGCCUUUGUCAUCGGGUUGUGUGGGGGCAGUGCCUCAGGGAAGACCACCGUGGCCAAUAAGAUCAUCGAGGCUCUGGAUGUGCCGUGGGUUGUGCUGUUGUCUAUGGAUUCCUUCUACAAGGUUUUAUCCUCGGAAGAACAGGCUCUGGCAGCGAAGAACGACUACAACUUUGACCAUCCGGGAGCGUUCGACUUCGAGCUGCUGGUAGCCACCCUGCGAAAACUGAAGCAGGGCAAGAGUGUGAAGAUCCCGGUGUAUGACUUCACCACGCACGGGAGGCAGAAAGACUGGAAAAACGUGUACGGCGCCAGUGUUAUCAUUUUCGAAGGAAUUAUGUCUUUUGUGGACAAAGAGCUUCUUCAGCUGCUGGAUAUGAAAAUCUUUGUCGACACGGACUCAGACAUUCGACUCGUCCGCCGGCUCCGGAGGGACAUCACAGAGCGCGGACGGGACAUUGAAGGCGUCAUCAAGCAGUACAACAAGUUUGUGAAGCCGGCCUUUGAACAGUACAUCGAGCCGACCAUGAGGCUGGCUGACAUAGUCGUGCCAAGAGGUGGUGGGAAUAUGGUGGCCAUUGAUCUGAUAGUGCAGCAUGUCCACAGCCAGCUGGAGGAGCGAGAGCUCAGUGUCAGGGCUGUCCUGGCCUCAGCCCAGCAGACUCAGCCGCUGCCCCAGACGCUCAGCGUGUUGGAGAGUACGCCGCAGGUCAAAGGCCUGCACACCAUCAUCAGGAACAAAGAAACCAGCCGAGAUGAGUUCAUCUUCUAUUCAAAGAGGUUAAUGCGACUUCUGAUAGAACAUGCGCUCACAUUUCUGCCAUCACAGCCGUGUGUAGUUCAGACUCCGCAGGGCCAGGAGUACGAGGGCCGCAGCUACAACGGCAAAGGGAUGACCGGUGUGUCCAUCCUGCGGGCUGGAGAGACCAUGGAGCCCGCCCUGAGGGCCGUGUGCAAGGACGUCCGCAUCGGCAAGAUCCUCAUCCAGACCAACCUCGACUCCGGCGAACCGGAGCUGCAUUACCUGCGUCUGCCCAAAGACAUCAGCGAAGAUCAUGUCAUCCUAAUGGACAGCACAGUCUCCACCGGCGCUGCUGCCAUGAUGGCAGUACGAGUCCUACUGGAUCACGAGGUGCAGGAGGAUAAGAUCAUGUUGGUGUCGCUGCUGAUGGCAGAGCUCGGAGUUCACUCUGUGGCCUACGCCUUCCCAAAGGUCAAAAUCAUCACCACCGCUGUGGACAAGAGCCUGGACAACCUAUUACAUGUAAUUCCUGGUAUCGGAGAUUUCGGGGACCGAUAUUUUGGGACAGAUGGGUCCGACAGCUGGAGCGAUGAUGAGGACCAGGACCAGCCAUCACACUGACACAAGCACCUGUGAGCCUCUGUGAAAGAAAGAAAAAAAAUACUACUUGAAAUCUCCUGUUACUGUGCAUCCUCUUCUUCAGGCAUAGACGAGGAAAGAGUUUGUUACAUUUUGUGUACUGUAUGUGGCAUUUUGUACGCUUAGGCCACCGGUGGGUUUCAGUCUAGUUGUAGGCAUGUGGGACUCUUUGUUCUAUCUACAACGCAGUGUUCAACAUUAAUAUUUUCAUACAGAAGUGAAAUGGUGCCAUACGCUUAGGUACAAUAAUGCAAUAAUGUUGUAACUUACUACAAGGUUUUAUUCAGGAACUGGAUGCACCAGCUGCUCUUAAAUCAAGGACUUAAGUUCAUGUUUCAAACAGAAAAUCACUGGAAAGGUUUUCACUAUUAAGAUUUAAACUCUUGGUUAAACCAGAUUAAAACAGCACAGUGACACCAUGAAUACACCAACACCCCCACAACAAUGAAGCUAGAACAUUUAUCAGGUAACGUUCACCAUGUUCAGCAUCUUAGCUUAGCAUGUUAACGCUUGUUCUUCACUGUUAACUAAAGGAAAUGUUCUCAGAUGAUUUUGUAAAGCAGAAAUUUAAGGGGUGAACAAAGUUAUUCAGUUUCAUUGUUAUCUUGGAAGUUGAUGUUUGCAUGCACAAGACGUUAAGACAUUUUACCUAAAAAGAAAGGCUUGUGUUAGCUGUGAACUGAGCAACAGAUUGAUACUGAUACUUUUACGAGUCCGAUCUUUCUACCGAUCCUUUCCAAACACAGGCCUGGUUUUGAUAUUUAAAAUGUUCCUGCAGUUUAAAAUUAGUGAGGAACAUGUGAUAGCAGUAAAUGGAUUUCCAUUAUACAGUAGGUCAUGUUGGUUUAUUUUUUUCAAAACCCAUUAACUCUUAAAUGCAAACAGCUCAUAUUGGUAGUAGCUGGUCAGGAUCAGACAUGCAGCAGCGACGUCUGGGGCUUUUAAGGCUAUUAAUAUUUAAUUUGUGUGGUGCAGUCUGUUUUUAAUAUAGAGGUAUUUGAAAAAUAACCACCCCUCAGGAAAAAAAUAAUAUUUUUUAUUGUAUUCUUUAAAAAUCAGAUGCAUACCUCUGAUAUUGGUAAUUAUGCAGCAGAGUCACAGACUGAACUUCAGUUUAUGAGCAGCUGGUGCGUCUGACUGAAGAAUAUGUUCUUAACAAAUUCAUCCACACUUUAUGCUGCCCUAGAAAGGCAUUUUCACAUAUGUCAUGGUGUAACUUUAAAUCUACAGCAGACCAGUUUUAUAUUAAGAUUUAUCACAAAGGGGAGUGAAUAUAAUUUUCCAACUAUUACAUGUUCAAAUCAAGAAUGUUAAAUUCAGCAGGUGGAAAAGCAGGUUUUAAUUCAGAUUUUGUUUUACGUUUUCGCAGCCACUGCUUGAAUUGUUCGCCUAUACGUGUCUGGAAUGAUCUGAACCGUCACACACUCGCAUCUGAAUAUUUUAAACGCUCCUCUGACUCUCAGGGUUCACUCGCAGGCCGUCCGGCUCCCCCGCUGUGAUGCACUUUAAGGCCUGAAGAGGUCAGCAUAGCUCACAUGAAGCUCCUCUUCUACUGUGAUUUAUAGCGUGUCCCCCUGAGAAAUCUGCUCUUUGCAGCGCAGGAGAAAUGCACACUGACUCACCUGGAGCUUUACGAUCAUUUCUGUGUCAAUGGAAAAUCCUUCGCGAUGUUACACGCUAAUGUGGAGCAGCAGCUCAUCCUCAGUGAUAAACAUGUACGAUGCUAAUGUUGUUUCAGGGUCACAAAAUGAGCAGUAAAAAAUCUCCUGGCUCUCCUUC